AUGUUGACAUUCCGCUCCACCUCUACGAAACAAUCUUCAUCCCUCCUCAUCUCCUUCCUCUUCCUAAUAAUCAUCCUCACAACCCUUGUAUAUUUUCUUCAAACAUCCUCAGUGUUCUUUGUCUCUCACCCCUCUUCAUCUGAUUCACAUACCUCCCCAUCAUCCACACCCUCGAUUCCCGAAUCCCUUAACCCCUCAUCAACUCCCUCUAAAACUGUUCUAUUUUCCGAACAUUCGACAUAUGAAAAUAUUUCUCAUGAAUAUGAUCAUCUUUGGAAUGAAUUACUCCCACAAAAUGGAGGAUUUUUGAGGGUUUACGACGAAGACACAGAGUCAAAUGGGGAAGGAAAUGUGGAAGGAAAGAAAGGAGAGGUGCAAAAGGGGAAGAAACAUAAAUAUGGGAUAACCAUGUUUCACUCUCUCCACUGCUUGGGAAUUAUGAGGGGAGGAGUCCAGGAAUUGUUCAGGGAGAUAGAGGAGUUGAAGAUGGAAGUUGAAAAGUUGAAGAUGGGAAAGAUGGAGAAUGAUGAUGAGAGAGAAGAUGAUGAUGAGAGAGAAGAUGAUGAUGAGAUGGAAGAUGAUGAAGAGACGGAGAGCAAGAUGAGGAAGGAACAGAAGAACAAGAGAGCAGGAGGAAAUCAUGGCCAUGGUCAUGAUUUUGGUCACAUGGAACAUGGGGAUCCACUACAUUGGUUGCAUUGUUUUGAUUAUCUGAGACAGACAGUACUAUGUACAGCUGAUGGAACACUCGAGCCGCCAAAAGCUGAUUCCAAAGGAAAGGAAAAUGUCGACGGGAUGAUGGAGAGGCAAUGCAAGGACCCUGAAGAGUUGUGGAAGUUGAGCAUUGAGUCUUUUAAGGCAACUAGUUAG